AACACUUGUACAGAAACUGCAAACGUUCAUCUGAGAGACUGUAAAUGCAAGAGGUUGAAGGAUACGCAGCUCUAUUUAAUUCUGGAGAAUCAGUAACGACAAGUUGACAAGAUACCACCAAUCACAACGAAAGUAACUUACUUAACUGGCGGGAGACUACCGCUGAGGCUCCUAAUGGAUGAUGAGGAGGAGGACAUGUCUCUUCAGCAUCCUGCCUCACAGUGCUGGGGCACCCCCUUCAGGGACAUCAAGUUCCACACCAUGGACAGCAGAGGGUCCAGAGAAGCCGGGGACAGAGGGGACACCCAGGACAGGUCUACACAGAUGUCGACCGGACCCAAUGCCAUUGUCCCGCGGUCAGAGGGACACAACAACAACACUUUGCCCUGUGGGUUGCAGGACAAUCACCAGGCCAUAAUGUGUCUCCAUGGCAACGCUGGAUUCUGUUUGCACUUCCCAGCUCAGUUUGAGCCUAUGGACGAUCCGGGUGAGAGGCAGAACGAUGAGGGGGAGGGUAGGAGAGAGGACGACGAGGAGGAGAGAAGGAGAAUGGAGGAGAGACUAGAUGAAGAGCGGGUGGAGGAUAGCACGGAGGUCAGGAUCGGACGUAAGCUCCGGGAGAUCGGAGACCAGUUCCACCAGGACCAUGUUCAACUGUUCCUGCGGCAUCAGAGGGAUGUCCUGCCAGUCUGGAUGCAUCUCACGAUGGCUCUCUAUGGCUUCCUGUUUAACAGAGGGCCCCCUGCCAUACCCCGUCUGAGAGGACAGGAGAGAUGAGGGAGUACCUCGCACACAAAAAACCCUCCACCUGUCUCGGAGGGCCUCCCUCCCCCGGCCUCAUUUUGCCCCCCCCCCCCUGACCAAAACGAGGGACCAGACUUUUAGAUGUAUGAUGGGACACGGGGUUUGGAUUCCUUUUUAGGUUGUUUUUUAAAUCAAAGAAGAAGAAGAGAAGAACUGGUUCCUGCUGGAUGGAGACUAGAAUCGUCUCUCCAUCUCUCUCACUCUCUCUCUCAGCCAUGCUGUUAGAAGACAGAUAUUUUCUAAAAUAAUUGUAAAAUAUAAAACAAUUAUUAUUAUUAUUUUUUAUAUAGAUGAGAGAGGUCCCUUCAAGAGAAGACUUUAUGGACACUUUAUGGUGAACUUCUACUCACUCACUCACUCUACCACGAACUUGACAAACUUCCAAUGUAUUUUCUGAACUUGCAAAACUCCACGUAUCUCGAUGUUUCACACUGGUCUAUAUUUAAAAGGGAAAAAAAUGGUUGUGAUUUAAUGACUCUGGUGGUGGGGUCGUCAAGACGAGCGCUGUCACUAUACGUGACUUGACGAUCUCUGGUGUAGAUUGAGCUGCGUUGUUUUAUCCUAUGUCUGUGCCGUCCACCAGCAAUUCAGUCUGAAGUGGUUUUAAGAUUCAGUCUGAAUGAGAUCAAGAUUCAGUCUGAAUGAGAUGAAUGACAGGUCUGUUUUUUUAUUUAAAUUAUCAACAGGAUGAAUGCAUGUAUAAUUUAACAUAUGUGUUCUUAAAGAUCCUAAGAUUAUAUAGGUCUGUCAAAGUUGAGGACAACUUUUUGAUAAACUCUGAUUGGAUUUUCAGGAUUUCUUUACCUGGCAGGAUCGACAAUCACAAACAACAGACCCUGUGACGAUACAAAUGGUGGUCUCUUGUUGCCCUGGGGGGGGGGGGGUUGUACAAUCAACGAUUGGAGCAAUACUCUAUAGAUGAACCCGUUUGGAAGGCACUAAAGAAACCUUAGGAAUCUAAUUGCAGUUACAAUCCAAUUUGUAUGCCCGGGACAAUGUACUGUAUAUCUAAUAAUGCAAUCAAUCAAUCAAUCAAUCAAUCAAUCAAUCAAUGAUGCUUAAUGAAGGCUAGAUUUGAUGACAUCACUCAGUUCCAUCGAAAGAGAUGUGACCUCCUCACUCUUUAUAACUCUUAUCUUAGCCUGAAUCCGUUUGGCAUCGACACAGGUUUUAUGAAAUAGACAAUGAAAAUGUAUUCCUGUGUUGGUAUGGCUCAAUAUGUUCAACAGAGGAACGAAUGCACACAGAGCUGUCUCGGUACUGAAGGGUUGAGUCCUAUAUGACAACUGUCCCAUUUUUUUUUUUUUUUUUCCCAGAAAGGUUUUGUACAAAGUUGUUUUUUAAUUUAACAAUACACACUGAUACCGUGCCACCAUUGGUCUUUAUUGGGGGAGGGGGCUCAGUUCUAGUGAGUCCUCACCUCCACCAUGUCUGCUCCUAAAGUCCAAUAGGAUCCAAUAUGUAAGCGUUUUGAUAUGAAACCAACCAAUGAGUGAACAGGUUCUUAUUCGAGUACAUUUUCAAAAGUGGUUUUAAAAAUGAUGAUAUCAACAGAAGACAGGAUUUUGUAAUCUAAUGUAAAAAAAAAAAGUUUAAAAAAAAAAGACAAUUAUAAUAUGAAUGUAAUUAAAUGAAGACUUUGAUGGGUUAAAUCUUGUUUUUUUAUGUUGUCUUUUUCAGGGAGUAGUUGCUGAGUCAUUCAAGGCCUUCCUUAAAUGAGUGUUUCUGUUCUACAUUAACAUGAUGCGCAUAUGCAAAUUCCUAAUGAGAAUAACAAGCUUUGCGUGCGUUUUGUACUGUUGAUUCUAGAACACCCUUCUUCCCACAUGACGUCAUCCGAUCAACAGACUUUCUGUUCCGCUACGUCCCAAAUGGCACCUUGUACCCUACGGGUAUAUAGUGUUCCACUUUUUAACCAGAGCCAAUAGUGUAUCAUUCGGGAUGCAUCUGUGUUCUUUGAUGGUUAUCUGUGAUGUCAUUGACAGAAGGUUAAAAUGUCCGAUUUCACCACAGACGCUGUUCUGUUUUUUGACAUUUCACAAUACAUUUGAAUAUUUAAAACACCUCGAAACAAGCAACAUGACAAGACCAGGGAAAGAGAACGUUUUGAGCCCUUUGGCUCAGAGCCAUCUAUCUCUCUCUCAGCCAUCUCUCUCUCUCUCUCAGCCAUCUCUCUCUCUCUCUCUCUCUCAGCCAUCUAUCUCUCUCUCUCAGCCAUCUAUCUCUCUCUCUCAGCCAUCUCUCUCUC